AUGACGUUUUACUCCUGGCUCGCACUAUCAAACAGUCCGAAAUGGCGCGUGCUGUCCCCCAGAUUGUUUCUCGUUCGUCAUGGCGAGACUGAAUGGUCUCGCAACGGACGCCACACUGGGAGAACUGACAUCUGUUUGACACCCCACGGAGAGGCGCAGGUAAGAGCGCAAGCGGCAGUCCUUGUGGGAGAAGGACAUCCGAAGAAUAUUUGCACUGCUAUAGUUUCACCCAGAAUCCGCGCACAUAGAACUUUUCACCUCCUAUUCGAGCAUUUGCCCAAGUUCCCAGACCAUCAGAUCACAGAAGAUGUUCGCGAGUGGGACUACGGGGAAUACGAAGGCCUCGUGAGGCAGGAAAUUGUAGUCAAGAAGCCCUGGAUGGGACAUUUGGAAAUCUGGGUGGGGGAAUCCGUCGAGGAGAUGCAGACCCGUGUUGAUCGUGUAAUUGCCAAGGUCCGCGAUUAUCACCGCAAAUGGGUUGAAGAAGGAGAAGGCAGCCGUGACGUCCUCAUCGUUGCGCACGGGCACUUUAACCGUGCCAUGAUCGCCCGAUGGAACAAUUUUGAUCUUGCACUUGGGAAUCACUUCAAUGUCGGGCCGGGAGGGGUUGCAGUCAUGUCAUACAAUCAUCAUUCUCUUGAUGAGCCUGUCUUGGAUGCAUUGAAUCUGUACGCACACGAAGCAUAGGGUGUGUAGAUACUUGUGUAAAUUUAAGUACAUAAGGGUUGGACGGAGUGCGCCGGUUAAAAAGGUCAAUCCUCGGCUACGCCUGUCCUUUUUUAUUUUCCU